AUGAAUUUUCUUUUUCGUGAAAAAAUAGAUUGUUCACCAUUAAAUUUAGGAAUUAUCGAUGGAGUGCCAAUUGCAUACUUGAUAAAUAAACAAGUUGUUUCAAUAAAAAAUAAUUUAACUCCUAGAUAUGACGAUGAUUUGGAGUUAUGUUCAUCUUUUAGAAUUUCUAAUUUAAAAUUAGAAGAGGAAGAAGAUUUUAAUGUCGAUAGAAUAAUUUAUAAGAUUUAUAAUUUCGUCAUCCCAAGUAGUGCUAGAGACUUUUUCGAGAUGAAUGCUGAAGAAGAUCCGGAUGUAGAAAAUUCAGUAAAGGCAAGUAUAACACAAUUUUACAGAGUUCUAUCCCUGCCUGAAGUUACAUUUGCUUUUUUUAGGAAAUAUCAAUCGUAUAAGAAUUUGGUCGAUUAUUUAAUAGAAGCCGAGUCCCAUGAGUUGUUGUUAUAUAUCACCCAAAAUGGAUUAAAAGAUUGGUUACCUUUAGACCUUAUGACAAUAAAUGAGUUAGGGUCAUAUAUCAAAAUAACUCAAAAUAAAUUAUUAGCUGAGAGCCGUAUUGACGAACCAGAUGAAGUAAUUGACGCAAAUAGCUUGUCUUAUAAAUUAAAGUCGUUGUCAUCAUUGAUUUUAAAUGAAAACUUGUCAACAA